AUGUGCAACAGAAAGCUGGUGAUCAAAAAUGCCCAUAUGUCCUAGGAGAUGCAAUAGGACUCAGCGGAGAGUGCUACUCAGGCAUUGGAGAAAAAUAACAUAGAGAAGGACAUUGCGGCCCAUAUUAAGGAGUUUGACAAGAAGUACAACCCCACCUGGCACUGCAUCGUGGGGAGGAACUUUGGUAGUCACGUGACACAUAAAACCAAACAUUUCAUCUACUUCUCCCUGGACCAAGUGGCCAUUCUUCUGUUUAAAUCUGGUGAGAAGCAUGGACCGUGCUACACACUCAGUGAUCCAUCCCAAAACAAGGACUGCAGCCUAAAUUCCAAAUACCACAGGCUGAAAUCUUCAGCUUUGCCUAAAGGAACACCUUGA